UAUUUGUUCUGUUUUCUUAAUUCAUUUGUAUACCCUUAUAAGCCAUAUAUUGUGUCGUGUGCAGUGGUUACAUGUCACCGGAGUAUGCACUAGAUGGUAUUUUCUCAAUAAAGUCGGAUGCAUUUAGCUUUGGUGUUCUAGUGUUGGAGAUUGUGAGUGGCUACAAAAACAGGGGAUUCAUCCAUCCCGAUCAUGAUCAUAAUCUUAUCGGACAUGCGUGGAGUCUAUAUAGCGAAGGCAGGUCAAUGGAACUUCUUGACGAAUCUUUAGCCAAAUCCUGCGAUCCAGUAGAAGUUUCAAGAUCAAUACAACUAGGAUUGUUAUGUGUUCAACAAAAUGCAGUAGACAGGCCAAACAUGUCGUAUGUAGUUCAGAUGCUUGGCGGUGAUGGUGCGUUGCCUCAACCUAAGCAACCAGCAUUUUUCAUGGAAAAGGACUUCCUUGUAGCAGAUUUCACUUCAAGUACUUAUCAUGCCGGUUCAGUUAGUGAUUUAACUAUUACUGAUGUUGAUGCUCGAUAAUAUGCAUUUAUACUUGUCACACAAAGUACACUUUUUUUGUUAGUAAUGAAUAUGUAUAAUUUACUAAUUCUUGAUUCAUGAAUGUUCAUUUUGGUAACAUAUUCAUUUCAAGGUAAAUUACAAUGAA